AUGCUAGAAAGCCUGGUGGUUCAUUGUCCCAAACCCCAGCUAUGGCAGCAUUUGUCCCACCCAUUAAGAAAAAGAACUCGGAUUUUCACAAUCCGUCUUCUCCUCUUCCUUAAAAAUCCUAAGCUGGAACUGUCAAGGAUUAGGGAAUCCCAUGACAAUUUGUCGUCUCCAAGAGAUGCGGAAAAGAGUUCAUCCGGAUAUCAUCUUCUUGCUGAGACUAAAAAUCCCGAUGCUUUUGUCUUAAGCAAGGUCAAACCCCUGGACUAUCAUCACCACGUCUUCGUAUCUCCUCAUAACAUAGCUAAUGGAGGGUUAGCUUUAAUCUUGAAACAAGACAUCAAGCUAGAAGUUAUUUCUUCUUGUAAGAACUACUUUGAUACUCGAAUUAUCUAUGAAGACAAAGUUUUUUACUCUACUUUUGUUUAUGGAGAUCCCGAAAGAGCAAAUAGAAGACAAACAUGGGAUUAUCUCCUGGAUCUAAAUACCUUAAGAGAGGCCCCUUGGUUCUUAACAGGAGAUUUCAAUGAUUUCAUUGAUAAUUCAAAAAAAGAGGGAGGACCUGUUCGCGCAGAAGGAACGUUUGGAGAUUUCCGGUCUUUCCUCUCAAAAGGAGAUCUCUAUGACUUAAGACACUCAGGUAAUCUAUUCUCUUGGCGGGGAAAGCGAAAUGACCACCUAGUCCGGUGCAGACUAGACCGAGCUCUCUCAAACAGUGAAUGGGCGGAACUUAACCCGUCAGGAAGAUGUGAAUACCUACGAUAUGAAGGUUCUGAUCAUAGACCGUUAGUGUCAUACUUUGAUCCAAAAAGGAAAAAGAAAAAGGGCAACUUCAGAUAUGAUCGGCAACUGAAGAAGAAUGAAGAAGUUACUACCUUAGUGGCAAAAGUGUGGACAGAUGAGACUAAUAAAACGGUGAAGGAGAAGGUAGACCAAUGCCGCAAAGCUAUUGUUACCUAG